UUAUAUGAAGCUCAGAUGCGGUAUCUGCAUUAUUGGCAGAGAAGAACGAAUUAAGACAAUACGAUCUCAAAGAGAUUACCAAGGCAAAAGUUCCCUGCAUCAUCUGCUAUCUCCUGCACAAUCCAAGAUGAAAACCAAAUCUGACGUUACUCCGGCUAGCAUUCCGGCAGCGGCAUUGAAGUCCAGUGGCCGGAAAAUCCCACUCUUGGGAUUCGGCACGGCAGCGUUUCCGAAUGUGGAUCAUGAAGUCACGAAGGCGGCAGUUCUUGGAGCAAUUAAGCUGGGAUACAGACAUUUUGACACUGCAACUCUCUACCACACGGAGGAGCCAAUUGGAGAAGCCAUCGCUGAAGCGGUCUCGCAGGGGCUGAUCAAAUCAAGAGAAGAUCUCUUCAUCACCACCAAGCUCUGGUGCAGCGAUGCUCAUCCUGGGCUUGUCCUACCGGCUCUCAAGAAUAGCCUCAAAAAUAUCAAGUUGGAUUACAUAGAUCUCUAUCUCAUCCACUGGCCUGUGAGUACAAAACCCGGAACCUCCGAGUUCCCAAUGAAGAAAGAACAUUUCAUGCCCAUGGACUUCAAAGCUGUUUGGGCAGACAUGGAGGAGUGCCAGAGAAAAGGACUCGCAAGAAGCAUUGGGGUCAGCAAUUUCUCUUGUAAAAAGCUCUCUUUCAUCCUGGCCAAUGCACAGAUACCCCCUGAAGUCAACCAGGUAGAGUUUAAUCCAUUGUGGCAGCAAAAGAAGCUUCGGGAGUUCUGCGAGGCCAAUGGGGUUCUGCUGACUGCUUACUCUGUUUUAGGAGCGGUAGUAAGCAAUGGAGGAAGCAAUAAGGUGAUGGACUGUAAGCAGCUGAAGGAGAUCGCUAGGGCCAAAGGGAAAACUGUUGCCCAGAUUUGUCGCAGAUGGGCAUAUGAACAAGGGGUUUGUGUACUCGCCAAGAGCUUCAACAAGGAGAGGAUGAAAGAGAACCUUGAGAUUUUCGACUGGGAAUUGACGGAGGAAGAAUCGAGGAAGAUCGACGAGAUCCCGCAGAGCAGAGGAUACCUUGGGGAAGAAUACAUCUCCGAGCACGGGCCUUACCGGACAUUUGCCGAGCUCUGGGAUGGUGGAUUGUGAGCAGCCGAGGGAACUGAAGGACACUUCUUACAACUAGGUCUUGUAUGUGCCACACUCUUUUGUUGGCAAGUAGUAACGAAUGAAUGGAUCUGAAUCCAGAGAGCAGGAAACUUAUUUAGUAGAAAAGUCGUAAUAAAGUUUUAUUGGGGCUCGCAUGAAGAGGCACCAAAUUGCCGGAACAUUUUCAAUUUCAACUAGACAAAGUAGCUUGAAAUUUCCACCAAAACAGGUCUUCAACCUGCAAGGCUUUUAAAAAUUGCUCGUACAUUAAACGGGA